UCCAAAAUCAUUAUUUCCCAAAACAACUCAGCGUCUUCUAUAAUCUUCCCAUACAACAAAAACACAUAAUUUCACACUCCCAAAGAUCAAAGCUAUGUCAAUAGCGAGUUCUUCCUCCAUCAUCAUCGCGAAGCCGAGCACGAGCCUUCAGUCCCUCCCUUGGAAUCCCAUCUCCAGAUUAGCCAUUUCCAACUGCAAGACCGAUGAAUUCGGCUUCUGGGCCGCCAAGAAAACACUUCAACAUACAAGGAAAUCUUUUGUUGUAAGUGCUGACACUGCACCUGAAAAUCCUCCAGCUUCUGCCCCAACACCACCUCCUUCCAAGCCCAUGAGCUGGGUUUUGGGGUUUGUUGUUACAUUUAUUCUACCGUUUUUUACUAGCAAAUUGGGGCCAUUACAGGAGAUAAAAGAUAGGCUUGAAACAUCACUGCAAGCGGUGGAGAAUAUAGCGGAGGCGGUGGAGGUGGUGGCCGAGUCCGUCGACAAGAUCGCCGAGAACUACGCUGAGGAUCUUCCUCAGGGAAAACUGCGCGAUCUUGUUGAGAAAGUUGAACAUUUUGCUGAGAAAACAGCCGAGGCGGCUGGCGCUCUUGAUAACAUCAUCGAUAAGGUUCAAGAUGUCAGCGAGCAUGUGGACAGCAUUGCAAUUGUAACCAAUAAAGUAGAAGAUCUUCUCCGGCACAAAAGAUAGUUAAUUGGAUUUAUUCAUUUUAUACCUUUCUACAACACCAAUUUUAGCUAAGUAUGUUAAAAAAGAUAAAAUAAAAAAGUUGGGAUAAGUCUAAUAAGUAUAUCAAUAAGGAAUAAAUAGUUAGCGUUAAAAUGCUAACUUUUUUUAAAUUGUUAACUUGCUAACUCAUGAACGUAGUGUAUUAAAUAUGUCAAUAUAUUCAUAUUAAAAUAUCAACAUAUAUUUAUGUUGACAUUUUAAUAAACCGUGUUGACAUUUAAAUAUUAAUGUCAGCAUAAUGUAUUAAAAUAUCAGUUUGAAGUUAUGUUGACAUUUCAGUAUCAUCGUGUUGUAAUUUUCUGCAAAUAUCUUUUGCAAGGAACAAUGAUAUUCAGCCUACAUUUACCAUUUUUAAAA